AUACAAGAGAAAUAAAAUAAUAUUUCAGAAAAUUCCAAGAAGAAGAAUCUCUCUUUGUCCAAAACGAAUAUCUUCUUUCUGUUGUCUUCUUCUCCAUCUCGAGAAGCAAUCUAGUUAUUGUACUUCCGACGCGAUUUUCGAGUUGUCGGGAAAAAAGGAGAGAUGGAGAUCGACAAAGCGAUUAGAGAAAGUGAUGAUAAGAGGUUGAAGACCAAGUACAACAACGCCGUCUUCGUCAUCAAACGACCUCUUUCUCUUUACUCUAUCGAAGAGGUCGCGUUCAGUUUCAAUGGAGGAAAAGAUUCGACUGUGUUACUGCACCUUCUUAGAGCCGGCUACUUUUUGCAUAACAAAGAGAUGAGUUCUUCUAAUGGAGGUCUAUCCAAUUUUCCAGUCAGGACCAUAUACUUCGAGAGCCCUUCUGCCUUCACUGAGAUCAAUGCAUUCACAUAUGAUGCAGCUCAAACUUAUGAUUUGCAACUUGAUAUCAUUCGCCAGGAUUUCAAAUCCGGGUUGGAGGCAUUGUUAAAAGCUAAUCCAAUUAGAGCCAUUUUUCUUGGUGUCCGAAUUGGUGAUCCUACUGCGGUUGGUCAAGAGCAGUUCUCUCCUAGUUCCCCUGGAUGGCCGCCCUUUAUGAGGGUGAAUCCUAUUUUGGAUUGGUCUUAUAGAGAUGUUUGGGCAUUUCUCUUGACUUGCAAGGUCAAGUAUUGCAGUCUUUAUGACCAGGGAUAUACAUCAAUUGGGAGUAUUCAUGAUACUGUUCCCAACGCGUUAUUGUCUGUUAACGACACCAGCAGCAGUAAAGAGAAAUUCAAACCUGCUUAUUUGCUUUCUGAUGGGAGGUUAGAGAGGGCUGGCAGAGUCAAGAAAAAUGCUUCUAUCAAGAAUGACGUUGAUUCACAACAAAAACACGAGGUGCUUUUGGCCUCCGUCAUUGCUGUUGGGGAUGAGAUCCUCUCAGGUCUGGGCACUGUUGAAGACCAUUUAGGACUGUGUUUGUGUAAAAAGCUGACUUCUGUUGGUUGGUCGGUGCAACAAUCUUCUGUUCUUCGGAAUGAUAUAGAUUCUGUAUCCGAAGAAGUUGACCGCCAAAGGUCUGUCUGUGAUAUGGUGUUUAUUUAUGGAGGAGUUGGCCCUUUGCAUUCAGAUGUAACUCUGGCUGGUGUUGCUAGCUUUGGGGUUCGCCUGGCACCUGAUGAAGAAUUUGAGGAGUACCUUAGGCAUCUUAUCAGCGAGCAGUGCACAGGUGACAGGAAUGAAAUGGCUCAGUUACCGGAAGGAAUUACUGAGCUGCUGCAUCAUGAAAAUCUUUCAUUGCCAUUGAUCAAAUGCCGCAAUGUGAUUGUUCUUGCUGCAACAAACACUGAGGAGCUCGAGGAGGAGUGGGAAUGUCUGACCGAGCUAACUAAAUUGGGUGGAAGUACAUCACUCAUAGAGCUAUACGCGUCAAGGCGCUUGAUCACAUCUUCUCUGACAGAUGUUGAAGUUGCAGAACCUCUGACCAAACUUGGUCUCGAGUUCCCAGACAUAUACCUUGGGUGUUACCGGAAAUCCAGACAAGGUCCUAUCAUCAUCUCCUUGAAGGGAAAGGAUAAUGCACGGAUUGACUCAGCUGUAGAGGCUCUAUGCAAGAGGUUCAAGGAAGGUGUAUUCGUAGACAUGAAAUAGAUACAUCCCCAUACAUGUACAACAUUAAUUUCAAACGGUUCAAAUUGAUAAUAUAAAACACACCUCCACCUUAUUAUCUGAAGAAGCAGAGUUUGUCACUAAUAAACAGAGAAGCAAAAACGGAAACUCUGGGAAAUGGAGGACAAGUGUUAGUUUUUAGGGUUUAAGACAGCAGCCGGUUAGGGUUUUACACUUUCUUUUAACAAUGUCUCAGCUUUUGAGUCGACUCUCUAGGCUCUCAUCAUCAUCAUCACAUGGACUCACUGAGUUACGGCGGCGGCUGUCAACGGCGGCCACGCCGUAUCUUCUUUCCAAGGAGACCAUCAGCAAGAAGGCUAAGAGACCAUUUGAUGGCUCAUUUUUGGUGGACAUGAACUUGUACGAUCCGACAAGAGUUUCCCUAACUCUGACGACAUCCCCAAGAGCAGACAAGAUGAGGUUGUCUCAUAUUACAAGUCUCAAAACCUGGUCGAGUCACCUUCUGGGGACCACUUCAUUGUUCAUUGAGUCUUGUCCUUUCAAAGGUGCUACGAGCUUUUUCCAGGAGAAAGAGUGGAGUCUCAGAAGAAGACACCUCCCUCUGGAAACUCCUCCUACAGGAAGAAGCCCAAGAGUUUUAGGGUGUUUAGGCAAGACCCUGAGCGAAAGAUCAGUUCAUACACUGAAGACAUUGGAGAUCUCUGCAUCUUUGUAGGCGGGAGUGAGUCCUUUUGCGUCUCUGCAACCGAGUAUCCUGGACUUAAGCCUAAUUCAGUCUAUUAUGCAGGCUAUUCCACAGGUUUCGGUUUCUACGACCUCUCCUCCAACACUCUCCAUGAUCUCACCCAUGAGGCCGUUGCAUCCAGCGAGUACAUGUGGCUUGCCCCUCUCCAGUGAACCAACAAAAAAAAAAAAAGCUUUAUGUAUUGGUUUUUGUAAUAUAGCAAUCCUCUCAUAGACUUUUUUUUGCUUUAGCUUCUUGCAACUUAAAACAUCCUUUUGUUAACAAAUAUGAGAUAGAAACACAGUCAAGAUUCAGCCUACA